UACCUUUCUACACAAUUUGCUGUCUGUUGGUUUGGUUUGUUUUGUGGCAAAAUAAUAUCAUUUUGUUUUCAAAUAUUAUGCCAACUUGAACUGCAAUCGGAAAAUCAAAAUAUAUCUUAAAAUAAUUGAACACUAAGUAACUUAUUGUUAGCUUAGCACUUAGCAGCGACUUUAAUUUGCCACCCAAACAUUCUACACAUCAUCACUCACUGUUGACUGUUUUGAAUUAGAACUUCAUCAAGUGAUCUGAACCAGGCUUCCUGCAGAAUGCCGAUUAGAUGUAUAUAUUCUCAGUGCGAGACUGAGGUGUAUAAAUCUAACAAGUCACUGUUUCGUUUCCCUGCCAAAGAUCCAAAGCGUUUAGAAAAAUGGAUUCAAAACUGUGGUAAUCCCCGCACAGCAAAAUAUUCAAAAGAUGCCUUCAAGAAUAAAUAUAUUUGCAUUGAUCAUUUUGAAAAGAAGUUCAUUAGAAACGAAGGAGGGCAACGUAAGAGACUGACGAGAGACGCUGUGCCUACACCUUAUGAAUGGGAUGCGUCAAAGCUGUUUACUGAUCUACCCGCCCAAUCUACAACUGAAGAAUAUCAGACCAGUAGCAGCGGAGGUCGCUAUAGAAAAGUUCCGGUCAACACUGAGGACUCCUGCUUGUUUGAAGACUGCAGGUUGACUGGAGAAGCCUCUGAACCGGGGUUGUCAGCAGACCCAGGGUUGGAUCAUCAGGAGUUCCAGGUGCAGGUGCCCUCGAGGUUCUACAGGAAACAAACGAAAACAGACAGGACUACAGAUGUGAAUGAUGUGGAAAUCGUCCAGAGUCACCAGUGCGCGGAGUGCCACAAACCGAUGAAAGGGUUCCAGUGGUGGUGCCUGGUGUGCGGCGCGCGGUGCGGCUCGUGCGCGCGGCGCAUGGCGCACCGCCCCCACUUCCUGCUGCGCGCGCCCCCCAGCGCCUCCUACGAACAGACGCGGGUGGUGAUAGCGGCCAUCCUGCAGCAGCUGCGCGCCGAGGAUCUGUACACGCCGCGAGAUGUCGUCAGACACCUCGACCACAACGGGGUAGAGCUGUGCGGUGGCGAGGAGCCGGUAGUGAAGGCGGAGCCUCCGGACACGGCCGCCGACCCGCUCCGCGACUCCGACGAACACGACUCCGACCGAGACGAUCCCGACUACCAGGCCUGUCUGGACGCUCUACACACGGACACCUUGCCCAACUUGCCGGACUUAGACCAACGCGCGUCAGACCAAGAAGACCAUCGCCUGUCGGAUCAAGAGGACCGAGACCACUGCCAGUCUGACCAAGAAUACCUUGACCAACGCUUGUCUGAUCAAGAAAACCACGACCACGACUUAUCUGACCAAGACAACUUGGAGCGGUGUUUGUCUGACCAGGAAAACCGCAAGCAACAUUCUUCUUACCGAAAAGAACUCGAGCAACACUUGCCUGACGUAGGAAAUCUAAGAUAUUCCUCGCCUGAUUUAGACCCGCUUGGACAAACGCAGACGAUCGACGCCAGGUCAAAUAAAAAAAUAGACAACCCAGAAAAACACUCGGCAAAUCAAGAUAGUACGGACAAACAUAGACAAUAUAGACGUAAACGUAAACUCGGGUACGACCGACCGACUUUGAUAGACCAUCAACUCGAUGUCCGUCAAUCGGAUCCACUCGACGAGUCAAUCGAUUACCAACCUUCCAACGAGUGCACAUCCAUCAACCUACCAGUUUGUAACACUGAGAAAUGUUUAAGCCUCGAGGACUUCCCGCCCUCGGGUCUCGAUACCUCCGACCAGAGUGAACUAGACGUGCGACACUCGGCCAGCAUUCGGUCGAGCAUCAGGUACUCGCCAGAUCGGUCCCGCGACCAGCUCGACGAGUGGUUCUCCAUGUCGCAGUCGCACGGACUCUACUUCCCGGAGCAAGUUAACAAGGGUGCUGGAUCAAGAGUAGCCGAUAAGUCGCCAGUCCAGAGCAACGACCAGUGCCCCCUUCCGCGAGUCGUCAAGCGAACCCAUGUCCGGCGACGCACCGGCGACAGGAACCACGCCGGAAACGCUUCCACACACAUACAACAUACAUGGGAUAAACCAAAGUCUACGGCCAGUGCGGAACAAAACAAUGAUCCUAACAGAACACAGAAACAAAUUCAAUCUAACACCGACAAGUCCACGGUACAACAGCUGAAGAAAAUUAAAGUGAUCAGCAGAAAAUUCUUAGAAAAACAGAAUAUCAAACUUUACGUAAAACAAAAACCAAUAGUGGAAAACGAUAACCCAAAAACCGAGCACAUCAGUACAAACAGAGAAGAGAGCGAUUAAAAGAGGAUUACGUUUCUUAGUGGGUAUUUACAUUUAUAUUCAAAAACUUAAUUGAAGGCCAAAAAACUACGACAAUGUUGCCACUGCAAUACAUUAUUUGUAAAAUAGUAAAUUCCUUUUUUAUAAAUAAACACGCUAAAAUAAAUUAUUUAUUGGUAAUUUUACUCCUAUGAUUUACUUAUUUUUACAUAAAUACAAGACGAGCUAAUAAAAACUUAAAUAUCCCUGAUUUUUGGUUGCAAAGCUGGUAUUGUGCUUGUAUCACUUCAGGUAUUCAUAACAUUUGGUGCAUUAAUUUACAAAUAAUUACGAACAAACUCUGAUGUGUUUUUUCUUACAUACAUAUUUUAGCAAAAUCAACGAGAUCGCAGAAUAAUAGUGUGUAGCUCGCAUUAUGUUUCUUAUGGCCGCCAUUUUUAUCUGCCGUCGGCCUUGGCACACAUAGGGUAUUAAGAGCACACAUAAUUAUACGUUUUUACGCACACAUACACAACCUGGGUCUACCUAAAAAGGGGACACCUGGAUUUGAAGUCCAUCUUGUCAACAGUAUGGUUGUCCUUUUUUGACAAACGGCAUUUUUAAAAGAGCAAGGAGAGAGAAAUGAUACUAGUUGCUGCGCCGUGAAAGAGAACCGACAGCGUUGGGGCCUUGGACAGUGACAUAAGUGACAUUGACAGUUUUGACAGUGACGUAUCUGCCGUAGUUUUUUGGUCUUCAAUUAGGUUUUUGAAUAUAGUAGAAAAUACCUGCCAUGAACGAGAGACGUUAGUAAUAUAAAAGUAUUUUUUUUUCUUUGCAGUGACGCGUGUUCCAUGAUUGUACCUAAUAUUUAUAGUAGAUGGUGCAAUGUAGGCGAAAACGAGAAGUCUUUAAUUUUUGUGGCAGUCUUUAUUAAACUAUUGUCUCUCUGGCGGAAAAAAUACAUACUUUGGUAUAUUUAAGUCAU